GUUCCACCUCUAUCGCACUCGUGCGAACGAAUCUUUUUUAAUAAUAAACUGAAUUUAUUAAUUAAAACAGAGCAAAUCCGCAAUGGCAUCCAUCCUAAGGACGGGGAAACUGCUGCGUUACUUCGCCGGCUUCACGAGGAACGUGGUCGUAAACUCUGUGCGUGAGAACGAGUCCAGUAAUCUGCUCAACAAUGCGCCCUGCAUGUGCGGGCAGUUCCAGAAUGGAUUUGCCACAAAUGCGGCGGCAAAAGCGGAGCUGAGUCUGGACAAGCAGAUUCGCCGACUGGACCAGGAUGUUCGCCGGGUUGGACGCAUUUCUCGACGGGAUCUGGAGGAGGUGCUCGAUGAGAUUCGUACGCACAGGACGGCCACCAGUUCGCAAUCGCUGCUGGUGAUCCGCUGCUGCGGAAACCUGGUGCCCGAGGAACUGCCGGAGGUCAGAACGGCUUUGGUCCAGGAGAUCUGGAAGACCCUGAAUGCCCUGAAUGUGCCCAUGGACAUCUCCCAUUACAAUGCCCUGCUGCGAGUUUAUUUGGAGAACGAGCAUGGCUUCGCUCCCACUGAUUUUCUGGCGGAGAUCGAGGCCAAGGGCAUUGAGCCCAACAGGGUGACCUACCAGCGGUUGAUUGCUCGUUAUUGCCAGCAGGGAGACAUCGAGGGAGCCACCAGGAUUCUGGAAUUUAUGAGGGCCAAGAGUCUGCCGGUCAAUGAGAAUGUCUUCAACUCCUUGAUCCUGGGACAUUCGCAGGCUAACGACUUGGAGUCCGCUAAAGGCAUCCUGGGAGUAAUGAAGCAGGCCGGAUUGGAACCCAGUGCGGACACUUAUACGACCCUCCUCUGUGCCUUUGCUCGCCACGGAGAUCUGGCUGCUCUCAAGGGAACCCUAGCCGAAUGCGAGCAAAAGGAGAUCAUCUUGCUGGACAAGGAUCUGCUAGACAUCGUGUACACCCUCACCAUCAAUGGCAACGGAGAGCAUGUGGAUGAGAUUCUGCCCAAGCUGCGACUCUCGCCCGGAUUCAAUCAGGAUGCGGUGAAUGUGAUCCUUCGCCUGGUGAACAAGGGACACGAAGAUGUGGGUCUCAAGCUCCUUCGUGUGAUGCCAAGAAGCAGUCGUGUAAAUGGUGAACCUGUGGAUGUGGGAGCCUUCUUCAUCAGGCAAAUGGUUAAGGCCAAUCGCCCAGUGGAAAAGAUCCUUUCCAUCUGCAAAACCCUGCAAUCAGAGGGUCUUAAUCCCAAGGCCUUGACCAUCGCCACCGAGGCUGGUCUGACCAAUGGAGUGGUGAACAAUGCCCUUCCUUUGCUGCAAGAGAUGAAGAACGCCGGCUUGCCCAUCAGACAGCACUACUUUUGGCCACUGAUCUGUUCUGCUGAAUCCAAUCAGGUUUUGGAAAUUGUGCGUCGCAUGCAGCAGGAGUUCUCAGUCUUCCCCAAUUCCGAGACGGUCAGGGAUUAUGUGAUUCCCAACUUGAAGGAGAAGAACUGGGAGCGAGUUGUCACCUCUUUGCGGGAUGCUGGAGUUCCCAACUCCACUGCUGUCACCUCGGCUGUUUACUCCGCCUUGGUCACCCAUCAAAUUGCCGAUGCAGCUAAGAUUAUGGAGCAAAACAGGGCUUACUAUGUGCCCAUCCUGUUCAGACAACCUUUGAUCCUGGCGCUGAGUCACACGAAUGAUUACGCCGCCUUCAUCCGUUGUGUGCGUCAAAUUCACGAGGGAAUGCAAUUGAGACAAGGCAAGGAGGAGGAAGUCGAGGCAGUGGAAGGCGCAGUUGCCGCUCCCACGGAACGAGGCACUCCCGAUGUUGUGGGUGCAAUUGUCCAGGAGGCGACCACCUAUUUCCGUCGAGAUCGAGCGGCCACGCUGGAGAAAAUCCUCAAGGGAUUGGUCAAGCAGGGAUUGUCCAUUAGCAGUGCCAAGGCCACUCAGCUAUCCGAACAAUUGGGUUCUGAGUUGACUCCACAGAUCUCAGAGCUCCUAGGCAAACUGAGCUCGGGUGAACUGCAGCCAGUUCCCUUGAAGAGUACUGGAAAAAGGACCUUGGACUCCCUAUCCAUCGAUGAACUCGAACGAUUUAUUGUCAAUGUGGAAAGCAAGGGAGAGAAUGCCAAUAACAUCAAGAGGCAACUCCUGAACGCCUGUUUCCGCUCGCAGAACCUGGAGAAAACCCUUCAAGUCAUCGACAAACUGGAGACCGAAAAAUUCCAGAUUCCCAUUGGCAUCUAUGCUCAACUGAUCGAUCUGUAUACGCAUCACAAGAAAAGUGCCGAGGCUCUGGAAACUUAUGGCAAACUGAAAGCCAAGGACGCCGCCUUCCAGUUGGACAACUAUAAGGCUGUCCGUUUGGCUGAUCUUCUGCUGCAAGAGGAACGCGAGGAGGCUGCCUUCAAAGUGUUGGAGGACAACAAAAAGGAUGCUCCUCUUAACGAAACCGAAGGAAGCUUUAACUAUGUGAGCACCGUUUGGAGAAUCCUGAAUUCGAUCGCCGAAGCUGGUCAACCGGAAAAGCUGCGAAAAGUAUUUGAUGCUCUGGUGGCAGCCAACUAUGUUGUGCCCACAAAUGUUCUCCUGGGUCCCUUGAUCAAGGUUCACCUGGUCAAGGAUGAUAUUCCCAAGGCCAUCGAAGCCUUUGAGGAGAUCUGCCAGAAGCACAAAUCGACUCCCUGGAAAAACGAAUUGGCUUGCCGCUUGAUCCAAAAAGAGGAUGCAACGAAUCUGCAGAAAUUAACGGAUUUGAGCACAGGAAUUCAUGGUGAAGUUAACAGUUUAUACGAUCUGGUCUUCUCCUUUGUGGAGUGCGGGCGCGUGAGGCAGGCCAGGAAAAUCCUGGAAACCCCUGGAUUGCGUACGCGUCCUCAGAGAAUCAGCAGUGCCUGCGAUCGCUACAAGAAUGAGGGUUUACUCCAGCCUCUGGAAGGUCUGAUUGAAGCCACAAAGGAUCUGGGACACAUCGAUAGAAAUAAGAUUUACUACACGCUGCUUUUGAGCUACGACAAAGCCGAUGAAGCGGAAAAGGCUCUUGGAUUGUGGACCAAAAUGCAGGAGGAGGCUGUGACACCCAACGAUGCUUUUCUCUUAAAAUUAGCUGAAAUCCUGAAGAAGAAAAACAUGGAUGUGCCCUUCGUGGUGCCUGAAACACAGAAAGAACAAGCCAGCAGAAGAAACAAACCAAAAGAACAAGUGAAAACGGAAGCUACCACAGAAACAGCUAAAAUCGCAGAGCAACCAAAAGAAAAAACUCCAAAGAAGCAGCAAGCGAAAACGGAAACAGUAAAGGCUGCUCCAGCAGUUAAAUCCGUGUCCCCUUUGUCCAGUUUCCGCAAAGCCAUUAUAGCCAAUGAUGUCGACGCAGCGAUAUCCCAUAAGCAAAAUUUCCAAAGUGGAGACAAAGUGAGUGCUUUGGACAUUUCCCGCCUGAUUGAACUGCUGGUUCGUGCGGAUCGCUUGACGGAGGCCACCAAAUACGUGGAUGAACUCCUGGGUGAUAAGCUGCAUCCACAGCCCAAGAUCUUCAAGUUUUACCUGAACAAAAUUGCUGCUGCUGGGGACUUGGAAACGCUCGAGAAGAUCGGCAAGCAGCUGAACGAUGAGCAAAAGCGUCUGGUUUCGUUUGACAAUCGCUUCUGUCAUGCCAACAUUGUUGCUGGAAAGGCGGAGCAGUUCCUCAAGCAUCUGACCACGGAAAUUGAUGCUGCCAAGAAUCCCGAGGAUGCGAAGAAGCUGGCCGAGAAGUUCCCACGCGGCGGAGCUGUGGGUAUUUUGGACAAGCACCCGGAGUUGGUUCCACAAUAUCAAUCUCUGGCUGAGAAGUUCGCCGCCCACAAUCAACUCGGACCCAUGAAUGUACUGUGGAUGCAUCUCAUUUCCAGCGGUCAAGAGGCAGCUUCGAAGGAGAUUUGGGACAAGCACCUGUCCAAUGCUCCGCGGCUGAUGUUCCAGCGCGUUUUGCAGACGGCACGGGAGCAACAAGAUGAAAAACUGGCGUCAACGGUCAUUUCCCAGCUGAAGAACAGCAAAAUCUCGGAGGGAGCCAUCGGAAAUGCCUACUCCUGCCUUAUUGACAUCCAGACCACCAAGGGAAACUCCGACAAGGCCAUGGAUGUUUUGGCCAAUGCCAUUAAGGAUGUCUCGUUAGAGAAUAUCAACAGGACUGCGCUGCUCCGUUUAAAACAGGCGGUAGAGGAGAAGUCCCAGAAGUUCCCCUACACGAUUCCCGAGAAGCGAACGAAGGCCGAUGACUCCAGCUCAUCGUCAUCCUCGUCUUCCAGUGACGACGAUGUGUCGCCAGCGAUUCCCGAAACCGUUCCACCCAAACCGGACAGCAAGGUUUAAUGGCUUUUGGAAAAGGUCCAUCCUCUAGUUUAACCCGUCGUGAUUAAAGCUUAUUUUUAAAGUAUUUACUAUGGAUAAACAAUUUGUAAACUAAAAUAAAUUUAGUUGUUUUGUUGCGAAUGUU